GCUAUCCAGAUCAUGAUCGGCACCUUCUGUGUUUUCAUGUGGUAUCUUGUGUUGAUUUUGUAUAUGGGACAAAUUAAAGGCGUCUUUGGGACAUACGAACCGAUAACUUAUAAAACAGGAUGUUUUUUAUGGGGAAUUAUUUUUAUCAUUUCAGGAAUCUCCAUAAUAAGGGCAACAAGGCAUCCGUCUCAGCGCCAGCUUACCUGUGCUAUGCUUAUGAACAUCUUAUGCAUAAUUGUCGCAAUUAUUUCAGUGAUUCUAACAGUAGUUGAGUUGUCUACUUUUGAGUCUGUGUCAUACAGGAAUUAUGGACAAGCGAAACUUGGGAGAGAAAUUUCACGUGUCUUACUGAGCUUCUACUCACUGGAAGUGUCUAUCGCAUUCACAUACACAAUCUUCGGCUGCGUUGGUCUGUGUCGCAAAAAAGAAGAUGCUCCUACAGCUGACACAGAGGAAGUUGAGGAUGCUUUUUAGAAACCUUAGGAAUGUGAGAAUUUUCCUGGUGCUCUUACCUGAUGUGGGCCUUAAUGAUAUAACUGUGUAACAAAGCUGCUACAAAGUCCACAGAUUUUGUGCAAAAGAAAAUAUGAAACAAGGUGAAUUUUCCUUUUCAGUAUUCAAGAAAAUUCUUUGCACAUAUUUUUGUAGGCUCCAAUUGGAAAGCUUUUUCCCCAAUUAAAUAUACUAUUCUCACAAGGAAAAAUUUAUUCUCUAGGUAUGCUGAAUAACUGUCAUCUCUUCCUAAUGGAGUUUUGUAAGAGACCAUUUAAAAGUUUGCGAUUGUUUCUAUCGUGCAAGCUACACAGACUUGGACCAUGAUAUUGUAUAACUCUCACGGAAAUUUCAAAUAGCUUAAGAUUCUGAUUCUAUGAGUAAAGGGUACAUUUCAGUCUGAGUUCUACCUGAGCUAGCUACCUGAACAAAGUACAAAUCAAAAGGCAUCCAAUUCAGCCCCUUCAUGGACUGCUCCUCUCCUCAUUAAAAUUCCUUUCUGCCCUAAAA